GGCAGCCUCGACCAUUUUAUUAUAGAAAAUUGUGUGCGUAGUACGAUGUCUGGAAGGGGAAAGACUGGUGGUAAGGCACGUGCCAAGGCUAAGACUCGCUCUUCUCGAGCUGGGUUGCAGUUUCCUGUCGGCCGUGUUCAUAGGCUUCUAAGGAAAGGUAACUAUGCCGAGCGUGUGGGCGCUGGUGCUCCCGUCUACUUGGCUGCUGUGCUCGAGUACCUGACCGCUGAAAUUCUCGAGUUAGCUGGGAAUGCUGCCCGUGACAACAAGAAAACGAGAAUCAUCCCUCGUCACCUGCAGCUGGCAGUGCGUAACGACGAGGAGCUCAACAAGUUGUUGGGUGGCGUGACAAUUGCUCAGGGUGGUGUGCUGCCAAACAUCCAGGCCGUGCUCCUGCCCAAGAAGACUGAGAAACCAGCUAAAAGCAAGUAAAGUUGAUGUAUACAGUACGUUUAUCAACACCAACGGCUCUUUUCAGAGCCAC